AUGUGGGUGCUAGUAGGUCGAUGGGAACUGAAACUCCUUCACACUAUCAUCUUCACCAUGUACACCAUUGUACUGGAGUCACUCUUCAGGCAGGCCCAGGACUCCUGCCAAAGCCUUGGAAAGAUGUGCUGCACCAUUUUGCAGCAGAAAGAUCCAAUUCAGUCUGUUCAGGUGUUUGGCCGAAAGAAAAAUGCUACAGCAGUAGCCUACUGCAAGAGGGGUCAUGGACUCAUCAAAGUCAAUGGAAAACCACUUGAACUUGUUGAGCCAAGGAUGCUUCAGUACAAGCUCCAGGAGCCCAUUCUCCUACUUGGAAAGGAGAGGUUCAAGGAUGUUGACAUUCGUGUGAGAGUCAAAGGAGGUGGACACGUUGCACAGAUAUAUGCCAUUCGACAAUCUGUCUCCAAAGCUCUGGUUGCAUAUUAUCAGAAAUAUGUGGAUGAAGCAUCGAAGAAGGAGAUCAAGGACAUCCUGGUGAACUACGAUCGAACUCUUCUGGUUGCUGAUCCUAGACGUUGCGAGCCUAAGAAGUUUGGAGGACCAGGGGCAAGGGCAAGAUACCAGAAGUCCUAUCGUUGAUUUCCUUUCUCACCCCAUUUCCGAGGAAUAAAAAUCUUGUGGGCUUCUGUAUUGA